AUGUCUACCUUACACAGUCCUUUAUUUCGACUUCCGAUUAGCGUCCGAAAUCAUAUCUAUUACCUAUGUACUCGCGCCAGCUCUCCCUAUUCUACCACACUAGGAUUGAUCUUCCAUCUCAACAGCUGUGGAGAGCCUCAAGACAAUGAGGGUGAGAGGAGCAUUUGGAGCUUGCUGCACACCUGCAAGUCCGUUCACGAGGAGGUGACAAGCUUGCUGUAUUCCAGAAGCAUGUUUGUUAUCUGUUACUCCGGGCCUGGCUCUUUGAGGUCGCUACUUUCCUUGCCAACUACCGCGCUGGCCUCUUUAACUUGCCUCAAGAUUGUCCUCAACCAGGCUGCAUGUCAUGAUAAGGUUUUUGUUGGCUGCUGCCGUAAGCCCCCUCUUUCUUCUGGGUGGAAUGUUAGGUCUGAGGAUGCUUGCACAAGGGACGUGUGCAGGCCUCGUGCUGCGAGAUACCCAGGGGAUCGAGGGUGGCAGGCAUCACACAAUCCACCUUUGAAGAGCGAUGAUAUUCGGUCCCAGUUGAUCAUGGAAGAGUGGCAGGUUGCCGUUGCCUACUUAUCCCAGGGGGUAACAGCAGGCCGUCUGGAGCUUGCUCUUGUAUGCGACGUUGCUUACCAGGACUCACGUAUUGCUAUGGCUGUCAUGACAUCAAUCCGCUCUCUUCCUCACCUGAAGGAUUGUCACGUUAGGUUGUCGGCAGCUCGAGAGCCAAAAGUACAACGCAUGUUGGAAUCCGUGGUGGCCGACCUGACUGGCAACAUGCAACCUCGUUCCAACAUACUCGGCAGUAGACAAACGACUGUUUGUCAUCUGCUCAACCUCCCGCGCGAAAUACGACUACGCAUUCUCGAGUACACCGAUCUUGUGACUCCUCUCAAAGAGAUCAAUUGGGGUGCUCGUCGCGAACGAUAUUGGGCCAGUGAGAUGAAACCCAGAUACGCAGCCAUCGACCUUCAAUGCCCUCCAAAGUUUCUGGAUGGUUACCGUUUCGGUUGGUGUUGGGAGAGUUCAGGCCAGAGAGCUCCGAUAGGAUGUUUCUGUUGCCUUCAUCACACCUCUGUCUCAUCAUCCUGCAGAUGCUGGGGCCCCCCUACGGACUUGUUUCUCGUUUGCCGGAAGCUUUGCGAUGAAGCUCAACACAUCUUCUUUUCCCGCAACCGCUUCGUUAUUUGGGACGACUUUAGCUAUAUUCCCGAUCUAGUCGAUUACCCCCAUAGUAGCUUUGCAGCCUGCGACUUUUUAAAGCAAGCGGUUACCGAAAAGUGCCUAUCUCAUCUUCGCUUUCUGGAACUCGUACUUCCGCCGUUCAGCUACCUCACAUGGCCCCGAGCAAACCAUUUGGCUUCGCAGGACUGGACCAAGACCAUGGCAUGGGCAUAUAGCAAGUUAAAUCUUCCAGCCCUGACGCUGAGGCUCUAUGGUUCCAUGGUGGAUGAGGAUGAGUGCGAGUUAAAGGAGCGAUGGGAGCGAUAUGUGCUAGGUGAUGAGCAUUACGAGAGACAAUCUCGGGAGCGAGAGGAGCCGCUGGACACCGUUGGUUCCCGUUUGGUGACACAGUGUGGACCAGGCGCUGGCCUGCUGCUAGGACCAAACAAGUUAAAGUGCACCAUGCUGCUACGGUCUGAUCGUGCGAACCCGCUGCUGCGCCUCUCGCCCAAGACACGCCGCCGCAUUUACGAGUUCAUGGGCGUCGCAGCUACAGAGCAUGUCGCUGCAAGUCUUGUCUUCAACUUACACCGCAACCACCAUAUCUCCGCAACGGAUAAGCUGGUAAAACGACAUCUUGGAUUUCAUGGUCUAUUGCUAUCAUGCCGUACAAUCUAUAAAGAGGCCGCUGGUCUGCUGUACGCCGAAAACGUCUUCGUCAUUCACUCUUCCCCAGGCCCUUCCGACCCACUGUUGGCCCUGACAGGUACAGCUCUGGGUUCGCUGACCUGCCUCAAGGUGGUGCUAAACCAUACAUCCUGCCAUCAAGAGACUUCAGGAGGGGACAACGUUGCUGACUGCUGCCUGGCAACCGACGAGCUUCCCUCUGUCGGAAGAUCCUGGUGUGAAAGGACCCACAGCAAAGCUCACCAGCCCCCUUUGCGCAGCACAGAUCCGUCUGCCCUGUCUCUGCUAUUGAAGUGGGAGGCAGCAGCACGCCAUCUUUCGGAGAUACCACAAGAUCGCCUGACGCUUUUUUUCGUCUGCGACGUUGAUCAUGGAGAUGUUGAGGCGGGAAAGCUUGCUCUCGCGCCUCUCCUUACGCUGCCCCGUCUCAAAGGCUGCCAUGUCAGACUUGGGAAUAGGCCGGACUUUGAGCUGCAGAACCUGGUGGAUGAAGUGGUCCGGAAGUGUCUUGGACUCGUAUCUCUCCCAAGAACCCAGUGUUCAGCUGCAAGUUCUUCACAAGUUGCCUCGCACUUCCUUGACCUUCCUCGUGAGUUGAGGUUCCGGAUCUUGGGUUUCACCAAUCUAGUUACCCCCAUCAAAGAGGUAUCAUGGGAUGGGCAGGCCUAUAGGGCGAAUCGACCGACAUAUUCAAUGCGGCACCAGGCGGGCUACAAUAACGACCUGCAUAUUUCUUGCCGUCGUGACCAUCACCACGGAUGCCAGUUCAACAACUGCUGGCUUGAGUGUACCACACCCGGUAACUACCACGCCGGCUGCUUUUGUCGUUUGCAACACACUGCCGUCUCAUCGUACUGUCGAUGCUGGGCUCCGCCAACAGACCUCUUCCUCGUAUGCCGAACUCUGUACUACGAGGCUCAGCACGUGUUCUUUUCCACCAACCGGUUCAUCGUUCACGACUAUGGCGACAUGCUGGACCCUGACAUCAUACCAUCUCUGCCCUGGGUGGACACCUACCCAAACACUCGGCUCACGGCUAGUAGGUUUCUGAGGGAUCAAGUGCCCUCCAACAGCCUCGCGUCUCUUCGCUUUCUUGAGCUUGUGUUCCCUGCCUACGUGCAUCACUCUUGGCCCAGCAGCCCUGGCCACCCGGCCAUUACAGAUUGGGUCGACACGGUUGAGUAUGUCAAUGACAAGAUCAACGGCCCAGGUCUCACCCUGAGAGUCAUCACGAUUAAUCCCCCGGGAACCCCACCAGUUGGUCACGACAGGUUGACUGUCGAUCAAGGAAGGCAGAUCGAGCAGGCCUACCACAACAUCUUGAGCCCUCUUGCCCGGUUACAGGAUAGCCGUCGUGGCCCUCUGCAUCGAUUCUACGCUCACUUGGCCUAUCCUUGGGCGUACACGGAGGAUACCAUGACCAUGAUGGCAACUGAUGUGCAAAAGUACUAUGCCUUCAUCAGAUCUCAGGAAAACAGGCUCAAGGAAGCGGCGGAGAAAAUGGUGCUGGGGGAUGACCGGUAUUACAAGCAGAUGAGUUUCAGCGCUUGCAGCACUCGACUCGAACCUCUGGAAGCCCCCGAACCCCACACUGGCGAUGACAGUGAUGCACAAUCUCCUACCAUCGAUUACUUUCACGAAGUAUCACAUGAAGUCCUGAAUAAGCCUCUAGAGGUUUGGGAAAGAGAGGAGAGGGAAGGCAAAGAGCCAAGGAUCAGCUACUGGCAUUUCUGUCACGAGGUCAUGCGUUCUUCUGGUUGA